GCAUCUACAGUUGACGCCCUGUUUGGUUUGUUAUGCUCAUGAAAAUGAGUUUGCUGAGUGUUCUGGCCUCCUUCUUGACACUGAUCUACGUUGCUAAUGCUCAAGGACGUGGAACAGUUAGACUCUACAGCAACAACUCCACCUCAUCAACACUAACUGCUGGAAUAGUCCAGAUAUACUAUGGUCAUUCCACUGGUACAAACACAUGGGGUAAUAUCUGUGAGGACGAUUCAUUUGGUCACAACGAAGCUGAUGUCAUUUGUAACCAGUUGGGAUAUGACGGAGCUUCAACUUUUGGCAAAGCAGGAAGCACAGCAAUGUAUGGGACUGAUUCCCUUGACACAAUUAUUGAUGAUGUUACCUGUUCUGAUGAUGAUUUUUUAACACUCCAACAGUGUAGCUUUGAUACUACAAUCUCAAGUACAUGUGGUGAUUCUAAUGAUGCCUUUGUUGUCUGCU